AUGGUAGCAAAUGAAAUAGCAAUUGCAUCCAACAUGAGCAAUCACAGCAACUUCUUGAAGCUCCUGGGGUGCUGCUUGGAGACUGAAUUCCCCAUAUUGGUCUACGAAUCCGGAGUAAAUCUUUCACAUGAGAUGAUAAACAGUCUGCCAUGGGAGACCAAGUUGAGAAUCGCAAAUGAAAUGGCUAACGCAUUCGCUUAUCUUCAUUAUGGCACCUCCAGGAUUAUCAUCCAUAGAGACAUUAAGAUUGGUAACAUAUACCUUAACCAGGACAACAUUGCCAAAGUGUCUGAGUUCCAACUGUCUGUGCUAAUCCCCUUGGGCAAAACACAUGUGGAUGCAGAAGUAUGUGGAACUUAUGGGUAUUUAGCUCCAGAAUAUGUGGUGACUGGGCGGUUAACCGAAAAGAACGAUGUCUUCAGCUUCGGGAUUGUAUUGAUGGAAAUUUUGACUAUAAAGCAUAUAUGGGAACUACGUGAUCCAUUUGAAGAAUAUGAUGAUAUAGUCCAACAUCACCUGAAGAACAGUGUGUUGACAGAGGAAAUCAGGGGGCAAGAAAUUGAAUUUGGAGAGCUGAUACUGAAAUGUGUCCGAGACGAUCCUGAUGCAAGGCCAACUAUGCAGGAAGUUGCACAAGCACUCAAAUCUAUCAUAAGCAACAUGUUCUAG